CACGAAUUAAUACACUCCAAGCACCUUUUGCACCUCUAAAAACACACUGCUAGCAUUCUGAAAAAUUCCUCUGUGUUCAUACUGUGUUCUCGUUCGCUGGAACUCUUGUUUGUGUGCUCAAACAUUAGUUCGUAGUCAUCGUAUCCUGGGAAACGAUUGUUGCAACGCUCCUAGCACCGUGGGAGGCAACAAAUACGUUUUAAGGACAUCGUGCGUAGCACGAGCUUUGACUAAUUCUGCUUGAUCUCCUUUCUUGUUUUUCUCUAGUCAUUUUAUUUAAUUAAUUUAUUUUAAUUAAUUUUCUUUAUUUUCCGAAACACACCCAACAAUCUUAAAACAUAUUUGUUUGCUUAAGCUUGUACCAUACGGGUACAAUCUUAAAACGUAUUUGGGUUGCUACUCGGAGAUUGUUAUACCGAGGUAUACAAUCUUAAAACGUAUUUUGUUGCUAAGCUUGUAUCAUACGAAUACAAUCUUAAAAACGUAGUUUGUCACUUCUAUGAACGAACUUAAAUCUUUUUUUGGGCUUUCGAAAAAACGUUAAGAAAUCGAAAAUGACUUCUCAAGAAAACGAGAUUGGUGUUGGGCAGAAUGUUCUGAACGACAAUCACUCUGAAAGCGGAGCUCCGGUGAACAAUAGUUCACAACGCGGAGCAUCUGCUUUGAACCAAAGGGUUAUCCCUAUGGUUACCGUGCCAAGCAACUCUGUGGAGAAACCCGAGAAAUUCAAUGGGUUAAACUUCAAGAGGUGGCAGCAAAAGAUGCUAUUUUAUCUCACUACUCUCGGUCUUGCACAUUUCUUGACCGAGGACGCGCCGGUUGUAACCGGGAGUGAGGUGGAUGUGCAAUCUCUCAAUGCAGUUGAGGCAUGGAAGCAUUCUGACUUCCUUUGCCGAAACUAUGUGUUGAACGGGCUGCAUGAUGCUUUGUACGACAUGUAUAGCAAAUUAGCUACGGCUAAGGAGCUAUGGAAUGCUUUGGACCACAAAUAUAAAAGCGAGGAUGCCGGCGCAAAGAAAUUUGUUGUUGGUCGAUUCCUUGAUUUUAAAAUGGUGGAUUCGAAGACGGUCUUGAGUCAAGUUGAGGAGAUGCAAAUGAUCUUCAACGAAAUUCGAGAUGAAGGAAUGACAGUUAGUGAGUCUUUCCAAGUGGCGUCAAUUAUUCAUUUGUUGCCGCCGGCUUGGAAGGAUUUCAAGAACUACCUUAAGCAUAAGCGAAAGGAAAUGAACUUGGAGCAAUUGAUCCUCCGUCUGCGGAUUGAAGAGGAUAACCGGAAGAAUGAUGGGAAACUCCCAAUCGUUCAUGGCGCCAAGGCAAACGUGGUGGAGCAUGCAAAAGGCUCCAAAACCAAAAAUAAUGGGAAGAGCAAGCUCGGUCCCAAAGGAGGCGUUUCCAAACACAAGUUUAAUGGAAAAUGCUUCAAUUGCAACAAGAACGGACACAAGUCCUCGGAUUGCAAGGCACCAAGGAAGAAGAAAGACUCCCAAGUCAACUUGGUGCAAGGUGGGCAAAAGGAUGAAGACAUCGUCCUAGCGGCCGUGGUUACGGAAGUCAACCUCGUUGGAUCCAACUCCAAAGAGUGGUUUGUGGACACCGGUGCUACCCGGCAUAUUUGCUCAAAUCGGGAGUUAUUCAUAACUUUUGAGUCAUCAAAUGGUGAGAAAGUGUGGAUGGGAAACUCGGUUCAUUCCGCGGUUGAAGGCGUGGGCAAGGUGGUCCUGAAGAUGACUUCGGGCAAGGAGCUGACUCUAAACCAAGUUUUGUUCGUUCCGGAAAUACGUAAAAACCUUAUUUCCGGUUCGUUGUUGAACAAACAUGGCUUCCGCAUGGUUUUUGAGUCGGACAAAUUAGUUUUGUCCAAGUCGGGAAUGUAUGUGGGCAAGGGAUAUGCAUGUGACGGGCUGUUUAAGCUCAAUGUAACGAC